CGCGAGAAGGGGUUAUCUGAUCAAAGCUAAAACCCUAGCUACCUGGUGUCGCUGCAGCCAUUUUCGACUCGACUCUCUCCAACUCCGAUCCAUCCAUGGCGUCGCAAGGCCGAAGAGGUGGAGUGUCUCUCCCAGACAGGCCAAGCAACUCCUCCUCCUCCUCCUCCAUCAUCUCCAGGAUCUCACGCUCCCCCAUCGUCUCCCGAGGAAGGCUAGUCGCCGGCGACGCCGGCUUCGUCGCCAAGAAGCUUCUCAAGAGCACCGGCAAGGCCGCUUGGAUCGUCGGCACCUCCUUCCUCAUCCUCGUCGUGCCGCUCAUCAUCGAGAUGGACCGCGAGCAGCAGCUCAACGACCUCGAGCUCCAGCAGGCUAGCCUCCUCGGUACUCCCUCCGCCACCGGCAUCCCUCCACCCAUCUGAUUCAACAUCAUCACACAUCUCUCAUUGAUUGGUUUGAGAAGAACAAUUUAGUUUUUGGGUCUAGGGUUUUCAAUUGCUAUUAAUAAAUUUAUAAUCAUCUAUUAUAGGGUUUUGUUAUAGGGUUUUGUGUAUGCUUAAUCUUUAGUAUCUAUUAUUAAUUUUCAUAGCGCAAUGCGGAAUGCUUGAUUCUAUUUAGCUGAUAGUACUCACUAUUAUUAGUGAGUGUGAGUGUUUGUGUUGUGGUUUUGCCUCUGUUUUGGAGGUUAUUUUCCCAUAAUCAUUGGAGUAAGACAAUUUCUUAGUCUUACUAAUCAUGUCUCUAUGUUUAUAUGUU